AAUUCAUCUCCAGAAUAGAAGAGUUCCAAAAAGUGCUCGUUGCGCUCCAAUCACAACACGCCACAAAAUACUGAAAUAGGCGUGUAUUUCCAAGGUACUUGCGGUAACACGGAUAGUGUAAAGGCUAAAAAAUAACCGGGAUCAUUCAAAAUGAAGGUGGGAUAUCUGUACCAACUGGUAGCACUAGCAUGUCUAUGGCUUGCAGUGGUAGCAGACGGAAAGACAGAAAAGAAGGAAGGCAAGAAAUUACAGAUCGGAGUGAAGAAGAGGGUUGAUCCAGACAAGUGCACUAUUAAGUCCAGGAAAGGAGACACUUUGAAAAUGCACUAUACUGGCAAGCUAGAAGAUGGUACCGAGUUUGAUAGCAGUUUGUCAAGGAAUGAGCCAUUUACCUUUACACUAGGAGCUGGGCAGGUCAUCAAAGGCUGGGACCAGGGAUUGUUCGGGAUGUGUGAAGGUGAGAAGAGGAAACUGGUUAUACCAAGUGAUAUGGGUUAUGGCGACAGAGGUGCACCGCCAAAGAUUCCAGGUGGUGCAACACUCAUCUUUGAAGUGGACCUGAUCAAGAUUGAAAGGAAGGAAGAAUUGUAAUCAAGUCUUAUAAACAGUAAUGGUUCCUGCAUUUACAAUGUCUCAAAUGGAUCAUUUUACGGUCUUUGACCAUAGACUUUAUUCUGCAGAUAAAUGUCCAAUGUUUUGAAAUGAUUACACGAUGUUUGUUUACCAUGUUUAUGGAUUAGAUUUCUUGAAUGAACUCUUUUAAUUAAGAUACAAAUCUACAAAAGACUGUAAUUUUGUUGAAUGUUCUUAUGUCUUGUUCAUAGAGAGCAUGGAGUUUCUAUUUAUAAUUGAUUUGUAAUUGAAUUACAUCAAUGUUUUGUUCAGAAGUGGGAAUUUCAGUCUUCAUACCUUUGAUGCAUUUCAUCAACUAGCAGCUAUAGGUGUUGUAUUCAGAUAUCAAGUUAAACAUCCAAUAGUCAAACUUGUGAUAGAGAACAUUUGGCGAUGAAGAAAGCAAAAUUACAGUGUCCUGUUUUAAAAUGGUCAUGAAAGUAUGUGGCACUUUUCAAACACGCCAUGACUAUGCCACGAGUGACAGUGAAGAGCUCUGCUGCAGGGGUUACAUAUAAUGUAGGGUUCCUGCAUAGUUCACCUGUUGUCAUCUGAAAUACUAAUUAUAUUUCAAGAAGUCAUAUUUGAAGCAACAUGUGACCAGCAUUAUAUAGCUCGAUGGCAAGGUUAAAAGAUAUAGAGUUUGUAUACUCCUAAACGAUACAACUAGUUUGUAGACUUCAACAGUGUGCACAGAGCCAUUGUGGCUGCUUUUUUCAUAAACAAAGUGAAACCCUUUUUUUUUUUGUACUUGUCAUGAGAGACACAUAGAACUUUGUACUUUUGGAAGAAUGAUUAACUGUUGUCCUUGACCCAUGACCUUUACGGAGUACUGGUGUUUUAUAAUCAUGUAUACUCCUAGUACUAGUACCUUACAUGAAUCUGAUGUAUGAAUGAUUAAGUCCUGAUUGUGCCAACUCUUAUCCAACUACUGCGAGUGUCAUGUACAAAGAAUGUCUGUUGUCAUCUUUCAGUCAGUACAUGGAUUAACUGUUCUGCUCCAAGUGUUCAGUUAUUAUGGCAACAAAUACAAUACUGCUUGUGAUUACUGGGGCUGUUACGAUUCAUUCAUACUCUGUAUCACUUCAUGAAUUCAAGUUUUUAUUCGUGAUCACAUGUAUCAACUAUUCACGAAAUUCGAAAGGGGUGUUAAUAUUUAAGUAUGGGUGUUAUCUUUCAAAUUGAGAUAUGCACAAUGGAAUAUAUCCAGUCCAGGCACUGUUAUCUAUUCAAUUUGACGUGGUCUCUGGGCAUUGUUGUGUUCCAUUUUCACUGUUAACAUGGUCAGAACAUAUCAGAGAAUGUAUUUUGUUGUUACACUGAAUAUGAUGAAUACUACAACAAUUGCUCACUUAAGUUAUUUGUCACCCAAUAUUCGCACUCAUUACCCUGUUUUCAUGAUAUGUAUCAUAUUUAGUCUCGUACUGGAUUUGUUGCAGCCCUAGUAUUCAGCUUACAUGGAAAUAUUCUGCAUAAUGCAUAGAUGUAAUACUUGAAUGGUAACCUAAGGACUACUUACACAUUCUACUUAAAAACAUAAUUUUCUACUUUCAUGCUGUUAAGCAAGUGUUCCUGAAUGUUUGAGUUCUGUUGAAUGUGAAAACGAGUAAAAAUGUCUGAAGGAAA